AUGGCCCCUCCUCCAGUCCUUACCGAGCUCCAGAGGCAGAGACUGCAUGCCCUCACCAAUGCAGAGAACAGCAUGAACGCAGUCGAGAAUCAAAUCCGGAUCCUCGAAAGCCGUGGCUUCAACAACCAAAACCUGACCGCUCAAAUGCACACAUACGUUGAUUGGCUCCCAAAGCUGAACUGGUGUGGAGGACGGCUCGAGGCUGUCACACCUACCGAGCAGCUUGCCCAGCAGGUCAUCCCGAACGACAGUUACGGCAAUUACGACGCUAGAUGGGUACUGUAUAUAAACAACGUCUACGCAAAACAGUCACGCGUAAGGCAAAUGCUGAAUGCGGCGAAAUACAUGCUGAGCAAUUGGUUCGACGAAGAGUUGGACUCCAACGCGAGGCAAGUGGUUAGGGCCAUGAUCGCCACGAGGUCAGGACAAACGCUCAACUGA